AUGAGAUGGCAUGUAGAAGAGCGUGUUGACGAGCCCAACUUCAUGAGACAUCCUGCUGAUUCUAGGGUAUGGAAAGACUUCGAUAACAAAUAUGAGGCAUUUGCCCAAGAUCCUCGUAAUGUCAGACUUGCUCUAGCAAGUGAUGGGUUUAACCCUUUCAAUAACAUGAGUAAACCGUACAGCAAAUGGCCAGUUCUGCUUGUGCCGUACAACUUGCCUACUUGGUCAUGCAUGAAAGAUCCAUACUUGAUGAUGUCGUGUUUAAUCCCUAGACCAAAGGCACCGAGAAAUGAUAUUGACGUGUUCUUGCGUCCACUAAUAGAUGAGUUGAGAGAAUUAUGGGAAGAUGGAAUUCAAACAUAUGAUGCAUACAAAGGUGAAAUGUUUCUAUUGAGGGCAGCGUUGCUCUGGACAAUCAAUGACUUUCCUGCAUACGCAAAUCUUUCAGGCUGGAGUACAAAGGGCAAAAGUAAGGGCACUGUCAAUGCGCGUAGGGACUUGGAAGAUCUUGGACUAAGAAAAGAAUUACAUUUACAGCAUCAUGGUAAUCAUACUUAUAUGAGUCUUGCAUGUUACAUGUUAAAUGUAAUUGAGCGAAGAAGUUUUUGUGCACGUAUGGCAGAAGUCAAAUUUCCUGAUGGUUUUGCCUCAAAUAUUACCCAGUGUGUCAACGUUAAUGAAGGAAAAAUCAUGGGAAUGAAGAGCCAUGAUUGUCAUAUCUUUAUGCGAUAUUUGUUGUCGGUUAUUAUUGGUGGGUACCUACGACCAUAUAUUAGGGGAGCUUUAAUAAAGUUAUGCUCAUUUUUCAAAGAAUUAUGCUCACGAACACUAGACACAAGGGUGUUGGAACAACUUCAAGCUAAUAUCCCCAUCAUUCUUUGCAAAUUGGAAAUGAUAUUCUUACCGGCAUUUUUUGAUAUCAUGGUGCACCUUGCUAUUCAUCUCCUAAAUGAGGCAUUGCUAGCAGGGCCUGUUCAGUACAGGUGGAUGUACCCUUUCGAGAGGUAUUUGGGUAAAUUCAAGCGGUAUGUCCGCAACAGAGCUCGUCCAGAAGGCUCAAUUGCUGAGGCAUAUGUUCAUGUCGAAUAUCUGACAUUUUGCUCUAUGUACCUUAAUGAUAUCGAGACUAGACAUAACCGAGAGGAACGAAACAGUGACACAAUUGGGCAAACCUCCCGAGAGUCAAGUUUAUCGAUUUUCUCCCAAAAGGUGCGCCCAUUAGGGGCAGCAAGAGUGGAAAAAUUACCUGACGCAUUGUUGGCCAAGGCUGAGUGGUACGUCCUUAAUAAUUGCGUAGAGAUUGAAGACUAUAUAGAUGAGCACUAUAACAAGAUGAAAGAAGAGGACCUUAGCAACAUUGAGCGUAGGCACCAAAGUCAAUUCCUAAUGUGGUUUAGAACACGCAUCGCCCAGUUGCAUGCUAAGAUUCCCCCCGAGGUGAUCGAUGAUAUAUAUGCAUUAGCAUGUGGUCCAUAUCCACUGGUCACAUCAUAUUCUGGGUGUAUAAUGCAUGGAAUUCGGUUUCACACGAAGGAACUCAAAGGGCGUCGUCACACCCAAAAUAGUGGUGUUGUUGUUCAUGGCGACCAUCAAGGAUUGCCAGUUGACUUCUACGGUGUGUUGCAGGACAUCAUAUAA